UGUCAAUCGCCAGAGUCCACAUUCGAACACAACACACAUGGUGCCUUGGAGAUAGAAGAAAAAAAAAUUGCAAGUGGAAUGGCAUCCUGGAAGAACACUUGCUCUUACUCUUACACUCCAGUGUCAAAUGCCGUUGCGAUGCUAGCUCUAGCGUUGCUGGUCCUGGCGGCGCCGGCGGCGUCCGCAGUCCCCGACGCGUCCGCGUCCGUGCACCUCGAGGCGCUGCUGGCGUUCAAGAAGGCCGUCACCGCCGACCCCAACGGCACGCUGACCAGCUGGACGGUGGGGUCCGGCGGCGGCGGCGGCGGCGGCCGCUACCCACAGCACUGCAACUGGACCGGCGUGGCCUGCGACGGCGCCGGCCACGUCACGUCCAUCGAGCUGGUGGACACCGGGCUCCGGGGCACGCUGACGCCGUUCCUGGGCAACAUAUCGACGCUCCAGCUGCUGGACCUCACGUCGAACCGCUUCGGCGGCGGCAUCCCGCCGCAGCUCGGGCGCCUCGACGGGCUCGAGGGGCUCGUCCUCGGCGCCAACAACCUCACCGGCGCCAUCCCUCCGGAGCUCGGCGGCCUCGGGAGCCUCCAGUUGCUGGACCUCAGCAACAACACGCUCCGCGGAGGCAUCCCGCGCCGCCUCUGCAACUGCUCGGCGAUGGCAGGGUUGAGCGUCUUCAACAACGACCUCACCGGCGCAGUCCCCGACUGCAUCGGUGACCUGACCAACCUCAACGAGCUGGUACUCUCGCUCAACAGUCUCGACGGCGAGCUGCCGCCGUCCUUCGCGAGGCUCACGCGGCUCGAGACGUUGGACCUCAGCGGCAACCAGUUCUCCGGCCCGAUCCCGCCGGGGAUCGGCAACUUCUCGCGUCUCAAUAUCGUCCACAUGUUCGAGAACCGGUUCUCCGGCGCCAUCCCGCCGGAGAUUGGCCGCUGCAAGAACCUGACCACGCUCAACGUGUACAGCAACCGCCUCACCGGCGCGAUUCCAAGCGAGCUCGGGGAGCUCGCCAGCCUCAAGGUGCUGCUCCUGUACGGCAACGCGCUCUCGUCGGAGAUUCCCCGCUCGCUCGGCCGGUGCGCGUCGCUGGUUUCGCUCCAGCUGUCCAUGAACCAGCUCACCGGGUCCAUCCCGGCCGAGCUCGGAGAGCUACGGUCGCUUCGGAAACUGAUGCUCCACGCCAACAGGCUCACCGGAGAGGUGCCGGCGUCGCUGAUGGAUCUCGUCAACCUGACAUACCUGAGUUUCAGCUACAACUCUCUCUCCGGACCUCUUCCGGCGAACAUUGGAUCGCUCCAGAAUCUUCAAGUGCUCGUCAUUCAGAACAACUCGCUCUCCGGCCCCAUUCCGGCGAGCAUUGCCAACUGCACUUCGCUGUACAACGCGAGCAUGGGGUUCAACGAGUUCUCCGGGCCUUUGCCUGCCGGCCUUGGUCAGCUACAGAACCUACACUUCCUGUCCUUGGCGGACAACGACAAGCUGUCCGGCGACAUACCAGAGGACCUUUUCGACUGCAGCAACCUCAGGACGUUAACCCUGGCCGGGAACAGCUUCACCGGCAGCUUGAGCCCUCGCGUCGGCAGGCUCAGCGAGCUCAGCUUGCUGCAGUUGCAGGGUAACGCUCUGUCCGGGGCGAUACCGGAGGAGAUGGGCAACCUGACGAAGCUCAUCGCCCUGCAGCUCGGGGGAAACGGGUUUGUCGGGCGCGUCCCGAAGAGCAUCUCCAACUUGUCGUCCCUGCAGAAGCUCACGCUGCAGCAGAACCGCCUAGACGGCGCCCUGCCCGACGAGAUCUUCGGCCUGCGGCAGCUCACUGUCCUCAGCGUCGCGUCGAACAGGUUCGUAGGCCCGAUCCCCGACGCCGUGUCCAACCUGCGGUCCCUCUCCUUCCUCGACAUGUCGAACAAUGCGCUGAACGGCACGGUACCUGCCGCGGUGGGAAGCCUCGACCAUCUCCUCACGCUGGACCUCUCCCACAACCGCCUCGCCGGCGCCAUCCCCAGCGCGCUGAUCGCGAAACUGAGCGCCCUGCAGAUGUACCUCAACCUGUCGAACAACGGGUUCACGGGCCCGAUACCGACCGAGAUCGGCGCCCUCACGAUGGUCCAGUCCAUCGAUCUGUCCAACAACCGCUUAUCCGGUGGUGUCCCGUCGACGCUGGCAGGGUGCAAGAACCUCUACUCGCUCGACCUCUCUGCCAACAAUCUCACCGGCGCCCUGCCUGCCGGCCUCUUCCCUCACCUCGACGUCCUCACAAGCCUGAACAUCUCCGGCAACGAGCUAGACGGCGACAUCCCUUCAAACAUCGGCGCACUGAAGAACAUACAGACGCUGGACGCGUCACGGAACGCGUUCACGGGGGCCCUACCGUCGGCACUGGCGAACCUGACCAGUUUGAGGUCGCUGAACCUCUCCUGGAACCAAUUUGAGGGUCCCGUGCCGGACUCCGGCGUGUUCUCGAACCUGAGCAUGUCGAGCCUGCAGGGCAAUGCUGGCCUCUGCGGCUGGAAGCUUCUCGCUCCCUGCCGCCACGGCGGAAAGAAGGGGUUCUCGAGGACAGGGCUCGCGGUCCUAGUGGUGCUGCUGGUGCUGGCCGUGCUGUUACUACUGGUGCUUGUGACGAUCCUCUUUCUCGGAUACCGGAGGUACAAGAAGAAGGGAGGCUCUACCGGUGCAAACAGUUUCGCGGAGGACUUCGUCGUGCCGGAGCUGAGGAAGUUCACUUGCAGCGAGUUGGAUGCCGCCACCAGUUCAUUCGACGAAGGCAACGUCAUCGGUAGCAGCAACCUGAGCACGGUCUACAAGGGCGUGCUCGUGGAGCCCGACGGCAAGGUGGUCGCCGUGAAGCGGCUCAACCUAGCGCAGUUCCCGGCCAAGUCCGACAAGUGCUUCCUCACCGAGCUUGCGACUCUGAGCCGCCUGAGGCACAAGAACCUGGCGCGCGUAGUCGGGUACGCGUGCGAGCCCGGCAAGAUCAAGGCUGUGGUCCUCGAGUUCAUGGACAACGGCGACCUCGACGGCGCGAUACACGGCCCGGGGAGGGACGCGCAGCGGUGGACGGUCCCGGAGCGGCUGCGCGCGUGCGUCUCGGUGGCGCACGGACUGGCGUACCUGCACACCGGGUACGACUUUCCCAUCGUGCACUGCGACGUCAAGCCGUCGAACGUUCUCCUCGACAGCGACUGGGAGGCGCGCGUCAGCGACUUCGGCACUGCGAGGAUGCUGGGCGUCCAUCUGACGGACGCCGCCGCGCAGUCGGCGACGUCGUCGGCGUUCAGGGGCACCAUCGGGUACAUGGCGCCAGAAUUCGCGUACAUGAGGACGGUCUCGGCGAAGGUGGACGUGUUCAGCUUCGGCGUCUUGAUGAUGGAACUGUUCACCAAGCGACGCCCGACCGGGAUGAUCGAGGAGGAGGGCGUGCCACUGACACUGCAGCAGUAUGUGGACAACGCGAUCUCGAGGGGCCUCGACGGGGUGCUCGACGUCCUGGACCCCGACCUGAAGGUGGUCACCGAGGGCGACCUGUCCACGGUGGCGGACGUGCUGAGCCUGGCCCUGUCGUGCGCCGCGUCCGAUCCGGCGGACCGGCCUGACAUGGACAGCGUGCUUUCAGCCUUGCUGAAGAUGAGCAAGGUCUGUGGAAGAGACUAGAUGCCUGCUGCAAAAACGCGAACUGAAAUUCGUGCUGCAAGAUCUGUUCAAGCAAAGGGAGAACCCUGCUUCUGAUGAGUACCACCCGGACGCCGGACGGGACGCCAAAGUGUCAUAGAUUCGGGCUGCUCCUGUUUGCACGUGUAAUGAGUUCAAUCUGUUCAGAGCCAGCAUGGAGCUAGAUUCCAGGCUAUAGUGACUUUUAUGUGCCCUAUGAAUGGUUCGCUGAAACCAGUCUAGCCCAUGCUGCCUGACGGAAUGGGCCUGAAGUGGUAGUACUGUAGGCCUUUUGACUGUUGAUUUUCUUUGCCGCAACAUACCUGCAUACGCAGAAGAAUGGAAGCUGAAAGAUUUGGCCAAGUUGUGGGGGAGGAUA